AAGAAUCGAAGUCCAUCUAAUUUCGAAUUGCUCAUUAGCAAAACACGUCUAAUGUUGGGAAGACUGCCCUUGGACUGAAAAUGAUAGCAUAUUUCUUUUACAAGCGGCUGAAAGCGCGCCUCUCCCUCGCUGUCUCUUUAAACGCGCUGGAAGGCCGCCAGUGGCAUGAAUGGCUCUGGACACGUGAGUUUGUCUCAAUGUGGUCUCUCCUCUUAGCGCCGCAGAAUUUCUCAUGUUUUCUCUGGCAUCAGUCCAUCCCCCAGCGUUUCUUUUUUCCUUUUUUUUUCUUUCGCGGUGCCUCCUCCGACUUGUAUUUUUCACAACUCCCUCCUAUGUUAUCCACCCACGGGAAAGGUGUGUUUUUUAUCACAUCCCCAUUCAGUGCGUGGACUGGUUUCGUGUGGGCAGUUUAGAUAUAUUUAAAUGCCUUUUUCUCCUAACCAACCGCUGCAAAACUGUUUUCCCCGUAAGUCUUAAAACCCAGCACUUGUGAUUUGUAAGAUCAUUUUUAAAAAGCCGCGCAUGGUGUGACAGCGCACUGUCACUGUUCAGUCUAAAAUGCCUCGCAUUCAUUCUUGCCAAUGAGACAGAAAAUCCCAAUCGAUCACUGGCGUAUUUUAUUGUAAGUAAAAACCACCCCCACCCCUUCAGAAAGAAGCAUUUUUAAGUUCACUGUAGCGAUCAGAUCGUGGUAAUACACCCGUACUCUACCGUGAAUUUUUAUUUUUUUACCGGGAAGCGAUCAGAUUAUCAAACGACUCUUUUAUCUUUGUGUGGAAAUCGCCGAUUUCUGCGUUACAAGAGAAGAUCCCCCCGUCUCGUAUUCCGCACCAGGACGUCCGGUGUGCCGAUUCAGACCGUGUUUUAGAGCUGAAGGUGCAGGAGAUUACAAUUUGGUACAAGUCACCAUGAGUACACCGGGUGAAGAAGCCGGCGAGCCGUCAGGGUCCCAGGAGCAACCCGCUACAGCACAGACUCCCAAGCGAGGACCGGGCAGACCUCGGAAGCCGCAGCAAGAGCCAGCUGGAGAGCCUGCACCAAAAAGGCCGAGGGGGAGACCCAAAGGGAGUAAGAACAAGGGUCCCUCAAAAGCAGCACAGAAGAAAGCAGAGGCCACCGGCGAGAGGAGGCCCAGGGGUCGACCCAGAAAAUGGCCACAGCAAGUGGUCCAGAAGAAGCCCGCUCAGGAAGAAGAGGAACAGGGUGAAGAAUCACCAGAGGAGGAAGAUUAACUGACCAGGGCAAUUUACUUCUACCUCAUUCAACUGUGUGGUCUUUCAUAAGGAAAAAGACACUGCCUUUACCACUCCCCUUUUCAACUUUUUUUUUUUUUUGGUCUUUCCACUUUUAUUUUAUCAUUAUUUCUUUUUUUUCCAUUUUUAAGUUUCAAUGUAUUGUUUUUUGUAAUCUGGGAAAAACACACACAUAUAACCUCAGAACAUCAACCGCUAAGGUGAGAACAAGCAGGCCUCCACCUUUGCUUAGCGAUGCGCCCAAACUGCUGUAGGCACAGAGGGUGCCGCAUCAGGCUGCCACGCCCCAUUGCCAGCGAGCGAUUGGCCUGCUCCGUUUGCUCGCGAGCUGCGAUUGGACAGACUGACUUCCAGCGUCCAGCCAUCAAAGACACAGCAGCUACCAGGUUUCAUAUCUUUUUUCUAAGUACCUAAAAGGGUAAAAUUAUCUAGGUGAAAUACAGAUGGGCCUCGAACAUAACUGAAUUUACCUGUUGCGAUAUACAUGAGUUAUCUAUUUAAAAGAAAUCACAGAGUGGGUGGUGUUGUUAUCAGAUCCCAAAUGAGAGACCCCAGCUGUAAGUCAGCUUCUGUUGGGCUCUGAACCCUUAUGGAAAGGGCAGCAGGUCACAUGAUUGGCAGAUUUAAGCCCCCUUCUCACUCAGGUGGCGUGUUUCACCUUUACCUUUGAAAGCUGAGUCGCUCUGUGGAAGUCACAUGAUAACAGCGAUGGGUGGAACGGCGUUGCAUGGGGACCGUUUUCCGGUCCCUCUGGUCGCUGCGUGUCUUUGGUGGAUGAGAAAAGCACAGCCAAGCAAUGUACGGGAAAGCAGCUAUAAAGAGAACACUACUGUUGGGUAAAGGGAAUAGCGAUUCACUUCAUUCUUACAAGAACAAACUACACUUUACCUCAGGACACACUUAACACCUAAAUUUGCAAAAAAAAAAAAAAAAAAACAGACA